AUGGCGGUAUUCGAGGUCCUAAUAAGCGCUGGAUCGUCCAGAUUCUCAGUGACUUUGGUUUAUCUGUGGGGUGACUUCUUCGGCGCCACUACGGACGGUGGUUCAGACGUCCAUCAUAUGAUGACAUCGAGUUUACAGCUUUCCUUGGAGUGGUGCAUGCCACACUUGACGAAUGCCGCCACUAAAGCUGCGUUUGGAAUGACCAGCAACAUUGCGCGCUCCAAAAACCCCGAGAUGCUUCAACUGCUGAAGAAAGUGACGCGGACGAUCUACCAAGUUCGCAGUGUGGAGGUUAUGGGUGACUCGUACGAACAACUUGUCCGUCUUCUUGGUGUUGGAAAGGAGAAUAAGCUGAUCGAUUACAAACUUCAUCGGUUUAUGAGCCUCACUCGUGUUUUCCAGCGCAUCGUUAAGCAUUGGAAGUGCUUUCUUGUGAUACGAUGA